AUGCGGGAGAUCGUGCUCACGCAGGCCGCAGUGCGGGAUCCCAGGAUCGGCGCCAAGUUCUGGGAGGUGAUCUCAGACGAACACGCCAUCGACUCCGCUGGCACCUACCGGGACAGCCGCCUGCAGCUGGAGCGCAUCGAUGUGCAUUACAACGAGGCCUGCGGUGGCAGCGUGCCUCGCGCUGUGCUGGUGGAUCUGGAGCCGGGCACCCGGACUCCAGCGCCGGAGCCCUUCGGGCAGAUCUUCAGGCCGGACAACUUCAUCUUCUUGUGAGCUGUGGUGGGGGGAGGACUGGGAGUAAUGGAAAACAACUGGGCCAGGGGGCACUACACGGAAGGCGCGGAGCUGAUGGAGUCAGUGAUGGACGUUGUCAGAAAGGAGGCUGAGAGCGACUGCCUGCAGGGUUUCCAGCCGACUCACUCCCUGGGUGGGGGGACGGGGUCUGGGAUGGGUACCCUUCUGCUCAGUAAGAUCCGGGAGGAGUACCCAGACAGGAUCAUAAACACAUUCAGCAUCCUGCCCUCGCCCAAGGUGUCAGACACGGUGGUGGAGCCUUGCUAACGCCUACCCUCUCCGUCCACCAGCUCACAGGAAAAUGCAGACGAGACCUUCUGUAUAGACAGGCCGCUAUACGACAUCUGUUCCAGGACCCUGAAACUGCCCACGCCUACCUACGGUGACCUGAAUCACCUGGUGUCUGCUACCAUGAGCGGGGCCACCACGUUGCUUGCGCUCCUGCGCCAGCUGAAUGCUGACCUUAUGAAGCUGGCCGUGAACAUGGUCCCGCUUCGGCUGCACUUCUUCAUGCCCGGCUUUGCCCCCUGACUAGCCGCAGCCAGGCAGUACCGGGCCCUGACGGGUUUACACAGCAGAUGCUCUGACGCCAGGAAUAUGAUGGUCGGGGCUGCAGACUCCCGCCAUGGCCGCUACCCAACGGCGCUGCCAUUUUUCAGGGGUCGCAUGCCCAUGAGGGAGGUGGAUGAACAAAUGUUCAACAUUCAAAAUAAGAACAGCAGCUACUUCGUCAUUGACUGGCUCCCCCACAACGUCACAGUCACAGACAUCCCGCCCCGGGGGCUAAAAAUGUCAGCCACCUUCAUUGGGAACAACACGGCCAUCCAGGAGCUCUUCCUUCUGCGUGUCUCAGAGCAGCUGAGCAAUGUUCUCGCGCAAGGCCUCUCCAUUGGUAUACCUCGGCGAGGGAUGGAUGAGAUGGAAUUCACUGAGGCGGAGAGCAACACAUGAAUGACCUGGGUUUCUGAGUAUCAUUGGCAUCAGGAUGCUGUUGCUGAGGAGGAGGAGUUUGAGGAAUAUGCUGAGGAGGAGGAGGAGGAGGCCUAG